CAGUGUUUUUGAAAAAAACAACAAAAAGAAGUGUCCUGUUAAUCGAGGCUAUUCAAAAUGGAAGCCACAGAUGGCAGUUUGCCGGUUCAAGAUGAAAUGAAUAAAGAGGCUGGUAAAAUGGAGAAAGAAUCUAAGGAAGAAGGAACAGUUCUGAAAGUUGAGAGUUCUGCUUCGGAAAGUGUUAACACUUCAAACCAACCCGACUCCACAGCUGUUAAAAAAAAAUCUACUAAAGCGGAAACACAGACUUCAUGUGAAACACAAAAACUUUCAGAUACACCCACGGAAUCAAACAUCGUAGAAACACAAGCAGAAUCUAGUGUGAAAAUUGACCAAACAGAGUCAAACAAAAAAACAGUCACAACAGAAAUACCCACAGAAAAAGACACAAAAGGAGAAAAACAACAAAGCGCCGACCAAGUUAAACUCGAUGUAAAAGAAAAGCCUUUAAAGUCUGAUACAGAAACCGUAAGUGCUAAUGAAGCUGAAAAUACAAACACAUUAAAUACCAGCAAAGCUGACAAUUCACAAAAAACGACAGAAACAACGACGGAAAUAUCGCAACAAAUUAUACCGGAAAGAGACAAUGUUUCAAAAGUUUCAGCAAAAGAUGGAAAGGAAACUGAAUCUAAUCCAUCUCAAGUUCAAAAAAUGGAAGUGGACACAAGUGAAAAAUUAAUUUCUGACCAAUGUGAACAACCACUGAGUAAUGCCCCCAAAACUGAUUCGUCUAAUUUAGUUACAAGUAGUGAAUUAAAAGCUCAUGACAUUGUUGAUUCAAAUGUUACAAAUGUCGAACCUGAAUCUCGAGACGUUAUAGACACAUGUGUAGCUAAUACUUCUACAAGCACACAUAAGUCAGUAGAAAACGAAAAGUCGAACAUCACCAGAACUCCAAAAAUUUCUAAAAUGGACUCAGAAAUGGAUUCCAAAGUUGGCCCGGAUUCCAAAGUUGGCCCGGAUUCCAAUGUUCACGCGGCUUCUGAGACAUUAAAGGCUGCUGACCCAGUUUUAGAUCCUAAAAGUGACCCCCUAAUCAUAAAAGAUUCUAAAAGUGACUCUAUACCUGUAAGUGACGCCCCAACAGUUGACCCGAGAUCCACUUUAGAUUCUAAAAGUCAACCUCUAAUCGUAAAAGUUUCUAAUGAUGGUGACGCCCCACCAGUUGACCCGAGGUCCACUUUAGAUUCUAAAAGUGAACCCCUAAUCGUAGAAGAUUCUAAUAAAGGUGACGCCCCACCAGUUGACUCAAAAUCCUCUUUAGAUUCUAAAGGCGACCCCGUUCCAGUGAAGGAUUCUAAUACUGUCCCUAAAACUGACCCUUCACCAAUUCUCGAUUCCAAGACUGACCCCAUAGAAAUGAAAGAUACUACUAAUGACUCUGUACCUAAAACUAGCCCUGCACCAGAUUCUAAAAAUGACCCCAUUGUUGUGAAAAAUUCAGUUACUGACCCUGCACCCAAUACUGACCCCAAAGCAAGUUUAGAUUCUAAGCCUCAUCCUAGAUCAUCUGGAGAUUCUAUAGAGAAUCCAAAACCGGUGAGAGACACUGUGGCUAAAACUGACUCUUCCCCAGUAACAGAUUCUCAAAUUGAGUCAAAGAAACCUGUGAUAGAUGUUAUUACGGAUCCUGAACCGGUUCAUGGUACAAGCUCUGAACCGGUUCAUGGUACAAGCUCUGAACCGAUUCAUGGUACAAGAUCUGAACCGGUUCUAAAAGACAUUGAAAGUAAAAGUAGAGACGAAGAAGCUAUGGACCAUGAUCCACAACCACCAACAGACACAGACAAUAUGAUAACCAAAUCUGAUGUUUCAUCUACCAAAGAAACUAUUGCAGAGAAACCAUCAAAAUUAGAUUCUGGCGUUGAAGAAAAUGAAGCUCAGGCAUCCGUAGAAAUGGAAGAUCGAGAAAUUAAAAACGAGAAAGACAAAGUAGAGGAUGUUUUAGAAAAUAUUGAUGAGAUUUUAAAUGAAAAGCCAACAAACAAAGAAGCAGACCCUUCGGGAACAGAAAGAACAGAAAAGUCACCCAAGUCUAAUAUUCAGUCAAAAGAAAAGUCACCCGAGUCUAAUAUUCAGUCAGAAGAAAAGUUUUCUGCCCUUGAUGUGCCGUUAGGCGAAAAGUUACCUGCCCCUAAUGUUCAGUCAGCAGAAAAGUCUCCCGCCCUUGAUGUUCCAUCAGAAGAAAAGUCUCCCGCCCUUGAUGUUCCGUCAGAAGAAAAGUCUCCCGCCCUUGAAGUGCCAUCAGAAGAAAAGUCUCCUGCCCUUGAAGUGCCGUCAGAAGAAAAGUCUCCCGCCCUUGAAGUGCCGUCAGAAGAAAAGUCUCCCGCCCUUGAAGUGCCGUCAGAAGAAAAGUCUCCCGCCCUUGAUGUGCCGUCAGGAAAAAAGUUACCUGCCCUUGAUGUGCCGUCAGAGGAAAAAAUGGAGGUUGAUGAAGUCGAGGUGUCCGCUUUUAAAAGUAUCAGUGAGAGUAAAGGUCUGGAGGAAACAGAAUCAAAUAUAGACGCGGUUGAAACAAAUUUGGACAUAGAAGGCACACAAACUAAAACUGUAACGGAAGGAGAAAUAAGGUCUGAUGAUAUCAAAACAAUUAAUAACGAGAAUGGUAAAACUGUAGAACAUGCAUGUGUUACCUCCCCUGGAUCAGUUGAUACGUCGGAAGACUCUCAGUUCUCUGUCGAGGCCCCCAACAGCCCUUGCUCCGUUGAUCUGAAUACCAAGGUUCGAGAUGUAGUCACGAGGUUUAAAGAGACGGCUAUGGAUGGAGAAGGGGAUACAUCAAUGGAUGUUCCGGCGUUCGAAGACACCCCUCUUGGUACGCCAUUAUCAAUGUUACAUUCCGAUACAAUGGAUAAUGCCGAGGACACCAAUAUGUCAACCUUUUCAAACCAAACAACAGAAGGUCCAACUCCCACUAAACGUCCCAGAUUAGGAAACCUAGCCAGUGCUCUAGAAGAAUUCUCAAAGAAUAUUAUAACUGUCGAUAAAUUAUAUGAGUAUCAAUGGCCACAAGAUGGCGGUGAAUGGCAUAUGUUGCAGGAACAAGUCAGUGAAUAUCUCAGUAUAAAAUCAUUUAAACGGAAAUAUCCAGACAUGUAUCGUCGGUUUGUUGAUAAAGAAGAAAAAGAAUUUUUAAUGGACAGAGGAGUUGUAACAGAAACAUUGUGUGAUUUAGGUUUAACAGCUGUACGUAGUGACGAAAUCUUUGAUCUCAUGUAUAAAGAUUAUCCAGAAAAAUAUCAGGAAUUUACUGAGUUUAUGCACGGCAAACAACGACAGACUAUAUUUGAACAACAUAAAGAAUAUGAUGCCUUAAAUGUAGAGAAGAGUAAAAUGGCUGAAUACAUGAAGAAAGCUAUGAAAUCAGCAGCAGAGUUUAAUCAACAGAUACAAAGAGAUAGAAAGGAAGAAAGAAAAGCUUUCUUUGACAUGCAGACGUUUCAUGUACAUUAUCCAGAAGGUCGUUAUAAAAGACUACCAGCUAAUCUAACCAAACCUAGUGCCUACCCUAUAGCUUUAUUACCCGGACAAUUUCAGGAACAUUACACCAGUUAUACAUCCGAUGAAUUAAAAUAUCUACCUAUCAACACGGCCAUGUACGAUCCCCCGAAACUUGUUGAACCUGUCCAGAAAGUUGCGAGCACAGAAUCUUCGGAGGUAGAAGAUAGUCAAGAGAAAGUAGCCGAGGAGAAGACCGUGUCUAGUGAUGGUGAUAGUGAUGGUAGUAGUGAUUCAGGUAGUAAUAGUGACGGGGAGACAGAAAAUAAACAAAUACCACAGAAAGCUGAUCCUGUUAAAGAGACAACUUGUCGACGUUGUGAGAAGAAAAAUAAAAAUAAAAAACGUAUCAGAAAAGUAAAAGAAGAAAUAAUAAACUGUUCUGAAUGUGGUGCUGGAGGUCAUCCAACAUGUUUAGAAUUAACAGCUGAAAUGGUGGGUGUAAUACAGACGUAUCCUUGGCAAUGUAUGGAAUGUAAAACAUGUGUUGAAUGUAUGGAUCCGUAUGAUGAGGAUAAGAUGAUGUUCUGUGAUAGAUGUGAUCGAGGGUAUCAUACAUUCUGUGUUGGUGUUAAAGCUAUACCUACUGGACGAUGGGAGUGUAAGAGUUGUAAGGUUACCAUGGAUACGGCCGUAACACCCAAAUCAAAACGAGGAAGUCGACAUUAAAACAGGGAUAUAAAGACAAGAAUCGUGGACCAAUCAAAAUCAUCCAUCAUCAUUCAUUCAUUGUUAUCAUAUUUUUGUAUGUCAUAUUAAAUUAAAAAUACAAAAUUUCAUCCCAACAUUUUUUUUUAUGUCAUAUUAAAUUAAAAACAAAAAAAUUUCAUCUCAACAA